AUGUUCAGGCUGUAUAACUAUGAACCGCUGACUGCGCUGCGGACGUUGCGAGCCAGUGUGUUUGGGCGGCUGGUGUGUGUGAGGGGAACGGUGGUCAGACUGAGCAAUAUCAGACCUAUGUGCACCAGGAUGGCCUUCAGGUGUCUGGGCAGCUCGCACAUGCAGUCUCUGGCUCUGCAGCAGGGGAAAUACGCUACACCCACAAAGUGCCUCCAGCCUGAUUGUCGCAGUCGUUCCUUCGCUCCGAUCCGGAACUCCCCUCUUACUCGCACUGUAGACUUCCAGAUCAUCAAGGUGCAGGAGUUGAUGGGCGGAGAGCAGAGGGAGACUGGACGAAUCCCGCGCUCCGUGGAGUGUCACCUGACCUCCGACCUCUGUGACAGCUGCGUCCCUGGAGACGCAGUCACUGUGACCGGCAUAGUCAGAGUGACCAACGAUGGAACUUCCCGGGGGAACAAGGAUCAGUGUAUGUUCCUCCUCUACAUUGAAGCCACUUCAGUCAGCAACACCAAAGGUCACAGGUCCAAGUCAGGUCAGGGGUCAGGAGGGUGUCUUGAAGAUCGUUCUGGAGGGGAGGAGUUCAGUCUGAAGGAGCUGUAUGCCAUCCAGGAGAUCCAGUCACAGCCGGACCUGCUGAGACUUAUAGUACAGUCUUUGUGUCCCGUCAUCUACGGCCACCAGCUGGUGAAAGCUGCUUUGUCCUUGGUGUUGUUUGGAGGCAGACAGAAACACACAGACAAGAACAGCGUCCCAGUCAGAGGAGACCCUCACAUCCUGAUGGUGGGAGACCCAGGACUGGGGAAGAGUCAGAUGUUGCAGGCAGUGUGUAAUGUGGCUCCCAGAGGAAUCUAUGUAUGUGGCAACAGCACAAGCACCACAGGACUAACCGUGAGUUUAUCCCGAGAGUCAGGAACCGGGGAUUUUGCUCUCGAGGCCGGAGCCUUGGUUCUGGCUGACCAAGGCCUGUGCUGCAUUGAUGAGUUUGAUAAGCUGGGCCACCAACAGCAGGCUCUGCUAGAAGCCAUGGAGCAGCAGACUGUGAGUCUGGCUAAGGCCGGAAUCGUGUCCUCUCUGCCUGCCAGGACGUCCGUCGUAGCUGCUGCGAACCCCAUUGGAGGACAUUACAACAGAGGCAAGACGGUUUCUGAAAAUCUGAAAAUGGGCUCAGCGCUUCUCUCUCGAUUCGAUGUCAUCUUCCUCCUCCUGGACAUCCCAGAUGAGUCGCAUGACCGCCACCUGUCAGAGUACAUCAUGGCGAACAGGGCAGGAAAAGGCAGAACCAGCAGUGCCGUAGUGACCAGGGCCAACAAUGAAUUAGAGACCUCCAUCCUGCUGGAUCACUCGGACAUGCCGCUGUCUGAACGUCUGCAGGUCCCGGCAGGUGAAACCGUCGACCCCAUCCCGGUGUCUUUGUUAAGGAAGUAUAUCAGCUACGCUCGUCAGUACGUCCACCCCUCGCUCUCUCCCGAAGCAGCAAAGACUCUUCAGACCUUCUACCUGUCACUGCGUUCUCAGGCUCACUCUGCUGAUUCCACACCCAUCACCACACGACAACUGGAGUCUUUAAUCCGACUGACUGAGGCAAGAGCCAGACUGGAGCUCAGAGAGACGGCUACCAACAGUGAUGCUGAAGAUGUGGUGGAGAUCAUGAAACACAGUCUGGCUGAUACAUAUUCAGAUGGUCUGGGCAAUCUGGACUUUGAGCGCUCUCAGCUCGGAUCAGGCAUGAGUCAGCGGAGCGCUGCAAAGCGACUGGUCAACGCACUGCACCUGCACGCUCAGAGGACCAAUCAGACGCAGUUUGACCUACAGACGCUUCGAUCUGUGGCCAACAAAAUGAACAUCAAGUCAUUGGUUGACUCCUUCCAGGUGAUGGAUUUUGAAGGUCUUGUGAGUUCCCUGAAUGAACAAGGUUUCCUCCUGAAGAAAGGAGCCAAGCUGUACCAGCUGCAGACUGUCUGAUCGCUGACAACACACCACACACCUGCUCCUUCCUGCUGACAAGGUCAGUGUUCAGGAUGAAUGAACAGCGUCUCUUUUUAUAGAAAAGGGGGAAGUCAUAACCAGACCACUGUCACCAAACCACCAACCAGCCGAGUACUGUGUAACCUUUUUGAGGAGACUAACGACCACAACAACUCACAAUGACGGGACGGAUCAGCUAUCGACUCAAACCUCAUAGGCGGCAUCUCUCUACUGGAUGUUUCCUAAAUGAACACAAACUUCCUGCUCAAAAGAGGAACUGAGAUCAACUGACUCCAGUACUCGCACAUCUCUGCUGAACUAGUCUGCAUCUAUUCUCGCACAAAAAGCUUCAAAUUCAACAUGGUGUUAUUUAUCCUACUUGUGAUUUGGUUGUACAUGCAUCAGUUACGUGGGACUACAAACGUUACUCAAGCUACUUCAAGCAAAUCCAAUCUAGUGCCAAAGAUACUAGUAUCUUAGUAAAGAUAUAUAAACUAUCUGGUUUUAAACUAGUGUACUCAGUCAGGUACACCUUGCUUUCAGUGUACAUGUAUUACACAGUACAUGGUUACUGAUUCAAACAGUUGUAGCUGAAUUUAGUUUUUCUAAUAUUUCAAAGUAAGGUCAGUCUUUGACAAUGUGCUGAAUGUCUGAGAGAAGACGAGAUAUAUUUAUAUUAGAUAAAUGAUAAAUAGAUGACUAAUAUUAAAGUACAUUUAUGUUUUCCACACAGGUGACUUUGUUCUAGAAAUACUUUUUGACUACAGUUUGAAAUUACUGUAUUUUAGGAGUAAUUGUUUUAAUGUACAUAAAAUGACGUGUUUAUAUAAGUAUACAUUCUCUGUGUUUAGUAGCCUGAUAGAGGUAGAUGUUCUUUGCACAGUUGCUUCCAGUGUGUCCUCACUUUGUAGAGCUGUUUCUGUGUUAUGCUGCUCUCAGCAAUAGAAGUGGAACCACGCUGCUCGAUGCAUUCAUCCACUGGGAUUGUCUCUCAAACACAGAACAAUUACAGAGCAAGUAUCCAAAAUCGUAGCCCAUUUAAACAUUUUAUACCAUCAAUGCCUGAAGCAGGAAGCUUAUCCGAGAUUAAGCUUUUGAUGCUGCGUUCAUAUUACCUUCCCUACCUGUUAUGCAGAUCUGUUUUGAUGCAGUAUUAAGCUGUCAUUAUAUUGUUACCACAUUUUAAAAUGUUCUCAAGAGUCCAGUAUUGAUCGCACUAUAGUAUGUUGAUCUAAAAACCUGCAAGUGUGCACUAUUGGCUUCUCAUUUUUGUCUUUAAGCUUUCUCAAAUGCUCUUUAUUGUCCCCAGUUUCUGUUUACUUUUUGUAUGGUGUGCACUUUAUUAGUAAAUAUUAAACAUUUGGUUAAUAAAUUA